AUGCUCACCGAGAUAUGCUGUCGAUAUGGUGUCGCUGUCGAUUUUGUAAAAUUUAGCAACGUUGGAGAAGUUUUGUUUAUCAGGUGUUUAACUGUGACCUUUCCAAAGCACAGAGCGAUCAUUUCCGCUAAACCUGAGCUCAAGCUCAGAGAGCACCUUGUCGAUGGACGCGUAGCCAAUGGUAAUACGGUGGUUAGCCUGCGCCACAGACGAAACUCAAGUCUGGUUAAGUUCGUCUUCGAAACAGCCUUGGGCCUCCACUUGUGUGCCAGGAUUUAAGUACGCGUCAUGAUUGGCUUUCUAAAAAACCCAUUGUCGAUUUGCCAAUCAAGACGAAAGGAAAUAUGAAACCAACUUCCGACAAUUCCUUGAGUCCGUUGGGGGGCCGGCAGAUUAAGGAUAUCGGCGCCGCUUCGCAGACCUAAUACUAACGGAGGUUAAAUUACGCCUGUGACGCGGGCUAUACGGUGGUGCGAUUCAGGUGUCAGCUGCGCUUGUCUUUGCGCGUGUUCGCCUACAAGGGCAUGAAGGCAGCGCGAUGGCGACUGUCUAAGUGCCCUAGCUUCUCUUAACUUUAACUGAGAAUUGGUCAGUCACUUCUUCAUUUUCAGACCCAUUGCUGAUGCUAUCUGCCAUACGCUGUUGAAACUUCCCUCAGACUACUGUCUCGUGUGAAUUUAACUGGUUCAGGUUAAAAUAUAGAAAAUAUCUAUCUCUUCGAAAUAAUAAAAAAGAAACAUGGAAACCUCUUUAAAAACUGGCUUUGCCCAAAUUUCUCUUGCUGCCAAAAAAUCUGAGUUGCCCAAAAUUUGGGGGGGGCUGCAGCCUCCCUCCCCCCCCCCGGCCCCGUACAAUAUUGACCUUCCAAUUUCUACCAAAUUUGUGUAUAUUUUAGGUACCGAAAAAGUGCUGUGAGAAGUUAUAGCCGUUCGUAGCUCAGGCUUAACCAUUUUCAGAUUAGAGUAGGUAAAUGAAAGGAGGAAGGAUAGUUCUUUUCAACUGUAUGAGUCAUGAUUAAGUUAUUUUAAAGAUAAGGCUAGAAUUAAUUAUUGUAAACUUCCUUCAGUUCACCAACAUGGCGGCGCCUCGAGGCCUCGUCAAAACUGUCAUUCCUGUAUCUUUGAAACCAAAGAGAAUUCGAACCUUAGAAUAUUCAUUCAGUAUUUAGGACACCAUUCUAAGACUACAUGCCAAAAAUCAGCCAAAUCGAUGAGGUACCGUGUCAGGCCGAAAUUCGAAUUUUACAGAAAAUCACUCUUAAGUCUCUAUUCUUCUCCCCCGCUCCGUCAUCUAAAACUUCCUCUCCCCUUACCCCUAAGACAGGCCUGUUACUCAGAUUAAAAGGGCUAGAAAGAAAAUUCAUUUUGACAAGGAAAGUCUUGAAAUGUCUAAAAGAAUUAAGUCGGUUUGUGAGCACAUAGGAACUGGUUUUCUAGUUUCAGUUAGAGAUUCUUCAGAAGCCAGAAGUCCAUGAAGAUCAGCUGAAAUACUUAAAACUGAAAGAAAAACAAGAUUUGAAAUGCCUUGAAACUUUUUUAUGGUUAAUGUCAAUUUGCAUUCUUGACGGUUUAAGUUAAAUUUUAGGCCGUUUGACGGCUGACGGUUAUAAUCCCACUGAGACCCCCUUUUAAUAUAAUAAAUGCUACAUGUAGCAUGACAAGAAGACUUCCUGUUAGUACGUAUGUGAAAAGACACCAUUAUUUUUCAGUGGGAGGAAAAAGGGGAAACCAAAUCUGUCAAAAAUGGUAAAUGAGAGGGCAAGGAGUUGGAUCUCGGAGCGGAGCCUCACUGUAUAAAACUUUAUGGAGUAGGCUGCCCCGUCCCCUUGGGAGGGUGCUUAAUGCUAGGUGUGAGCAGAGUUUCGUGCCGAAGCUUUCAUUGUCUCCGCAGCUUCCCUCUCUCACUCUCGUUCCCCGACAGUAACAAAGGCUCCAGGCUUGCUUGCUUGCUGGGUAUCACUGAAAUUCCUUCAUACAAAGGGAGGACAAUUCCCGUAUUCCAACAAAACAACCAAAUCAGUUUUCCUUACAUAAAUACAUCCGUCAUCUAAAACAAUUCUAAAUUUUGCAUUUCUUAAUAGGGGAAAUUGUAACCCAUUGGUAAGAGCUUACCAUGCGGAUAAUCCACCCUCUCUUUCUUCAAGCUGUGUUCAUUGGUUUUGCCCAACACACCAAAGCAACUGCGACCAGGCAUUGCCCCAAGUUUACUUCUUGUAUUGACAGCUAUGCUGACAUUUAUAAAUCCCUAGCAUCAGAGGAGAACAGUUUCAACAUUGAAUCUGCGCUGUUUCCAGCAAUGAUGCCGUCAUCACUUGUCAUCAAGGUAGAGUUCAUUACACACAAUGAAACAUCGGUGGCAAAUUACACUUGGAGUUUAAACUGUUUAUUUGUUGCUAUUCCUCCUCAAGUCCUCCAGCUCUUGUCGCUUGGCUCAGUUCUUGUUACACCACGCACACAGGAGCUGAAAAUCUGCAUCCCGGAUUUCUGUAGAAAUAUUGCAUCGACCAAUUGCAAGGAGCAGAAAGACCUCAUGAAAGGUGUCCUCGCUGCGGUACGCAACUGUACACCUACUAUUCCCUUACAGUUUACACUAACUACAGGAGUUACAGAGAAACCGAGAUUAUACAAUUAAAAGAAGAAUAAUCGGGGUCAUAAAGAAUUCGUACUCUUACACGCAAUUCUAACAUUUUGGAGCCAAGUACUUAAACUGAAAAUAAGGGUGUUUUUAUUGCAGAGUAUCAGUGUUGCUAUAGAAACCACUAAGGUCCAGAAAAUGACCGUGAAUGUUUGUUUAACUUUAAACUGGGCGUUGAACAUUUUAUUGUAGCAUUAACUAUUAAAAAAGUGGCAAUAUCGACUGAUCCCAGUCCGGUGUCUAUUGCAUUAUGCGAAUAUUGAUUACAUUAAACAUGUUUCUUUUCCUCAGCUUCAAGAUCUGGCCGUAAGUCCAGGAAUACGGGAUCCAAGACUAAACACUGCAGAGUGCGUUAUAGAGGGACAUGAAACAGACAUACUGGCUACAGGACCGCGAAGUUCGUACAUAAGAGCAAUUUUAUGGUGCGCUUUUAUUUUUUCAUUCUGGGCUGGUCCUUUUUUAGCAGAAAUUAUUCUAGAUGUGAUAAAACAGAGAUCACCUUGUCCUCAAAGUCCAACUGCAACCUCAUCCGCCGGGACGGGGCAAGUUUCAGGAAACGACAUUGAAAUGAGAUCACUUGUUCCCCAGGCUUCCACUUCCCCGGGCGUGGGAGAAAAUAAUUCGGAGCCCGAACCCGAACCCCCUGGUUCCCAAUAUCCCUCUUCUCCGCAGCCAACUGCUACCUCGGGCCCAGGAGAAAAUACUUCGGAGCCCUUAAUAAGCUCGGUAGUUUGCGUAUGUUGUUUAUUGUUGUGUAUGGAAACUAUAAUAUUAGUCUUAAUAGUCAUAUUUUCUGUAUCCGGAAAUGCCCCAAUUGAUGUUUACAUAGCUAUUGGGAUCCUUAUUUUGGAAGGUGUGAUAUUAACUUGCCUCAAAAAAUGCCCUUCAAAAAGAGUCUUUAUAUUAACAUUUUGUUUAAUCUUUACAUCCUAUCAUUUUUGUUGGCUGGUGAUCGGCAUUAUGAUAAAUCCAGUGUGGGGACUAACGGUUUUACUCAUAGUUUGCGUUUCUGUCGUCCUGUUAACUUUCCUACUCUACCAGUUUUUAUGGCAAGGCAAUUUCCAAUGCAGUCAAGGCGACAUCAUACAAAUCAUAGUAUUAGGUGUUACCUUUUGCGGUGGUUGCUCUUUUGUUGCGAUGGCAGUUUUAGCGGGACAGUCGUUUUAUGGAAGGGAGACUGCGGACGAGCUGUUGAAAACCGUACUUUUGUAUGUUAUCAGCGGUGUUCCUUCACUGUUGUCUUGGCUGAGUGAAAAAGCGAAAAAAAAAACGGGGAAAAUGCUGCCUGAUAACUCUAAAACAUAA